AUACCUUCUACUCUACUUUGUCUAUGAUACGUGCAAGUGUCCAAACUCGAGUUUACAAAUGAUUCAGAAAAAGUUCCACAAAUUGUUUAUGCUUUAUACUUGACAAUCAUGGCGAGCACGUCGAGGCUUGAGGCGAAUAAGGUGGUGUGCUAUGCACAUCCAGAUGCACCACUUAUCGAAGAUUACAGGGCUGGGGACAUGAUAUGUUCGGAAUGCGGGCUUGUAGUCGGCGACAGGGUUAUAGAUGUGGGGUCAGAAUGGCGUACAUUCAGCAAUGAGAAGUCCGGAGUGGACCCAUCUCGUGUGGGUGGGCCCGAAAAUCCUCUACUUUCCGGUGGUGACUUAUCAACAAUCAUUGGGCCCGGACGAGGAGAUGCAUCAUUUGACAGCUUCGGAGUAUCAAAAUAUCAGAACAGGAGGAACAUUAGCAGCACGGACAGGGCUCUGAUAAAUGCGUUCAGGGAAAUAAGCACCAUGGCCGACAGAAUAAACUUACCGAAGACCAUUAUUGACAGGGCCAACAAUUUGUUCAAACAGGUGCAUGAUGGCAAGAAUUUGAAAGGUCGAGCCAAUGAUGCGAUAGCGUCAGCCUGUCUGUACAUCGCCUGUCGCCAGGAAGGAGUGCCUCGUACGUUCAAGGAAAUCUGCGCUGUCAGCAAAAUCAGUAAGAAGGAAAUAGGAAGGUGUUUCAAACUGAUCCUGAAGGCCCUCGAGACUUCAGUGGAACUUAUCACCACGGCAGACUUCAUGUCUCGGUUCUGCUCAAACCUGGGUCUGCCCAAUUCAGUGCAAAGAGCUGCUACACAUAUUGCAAGGAAAGCCGGAGAGCUGGACAUUGUGUCUGGACGCAGUCCCAUUUCUGUGGCCGCAGCUGCUAUUUAUAUGGCUUCUCAGGCGUCAGAAGACAAACGCAGCCAGAAAGAAAUUGGUGAUAUAGCCGGCGUGGCUGAUGUGACCAUUCGUCAGGCGUACAAACUGAUGUACCCAUUCGCAAGCAAACUCUUCCCAGACGACUUCAAAUUCUCCACGCCCAUCGAAUUCCUACCCCAAAUGUAGACUCAGGUACCCCAUAUGGCAUCUAAAUAAAAACUAUCAUAUAAACAUGAUAGUUCCAAAUAUAAUACACGUCAAAGUAGUGCAUUUUCUGACGGGCAAUCUCCUUUCUCUUCCCCGUAGAUACUACUCUGAUUUUAAAGUUAUAAAACUUAAUUUUAGUCUUAAAAGUCAAUGGGGUACGAUUCAAUUUCGGUUGAAUUAAUUCUGUUUAUGUAGUAGUAUGGUUAUUUCUGAUAGAGUACACAAGAAAUAUCUAUGAAAAUAAAAUCGUAUUUUUUGUGCUGAAAACACGGAGUAUGUAGUCGAUGGAGAGAUUGCAAACCAACUCAUAAUUUGUAUUUAGUAGUUUAAUGUUACUGAAAUACUAUUUCAUUUGUUAUAAGGUCUAUUUUUGCGUAGUUUCUCCCAUAUUACUGAGUAUUGAUUAUGAGUUGUUUAACAUCUUUAUGAUGCUAUUGUAUAGGUACUUAUUUCUGCUUUAGGAUAAUCACAUAAAAUAUAACCUUUCAUACAUUCAUUACUUCAAUUUUAAUUCUUUAACUAAUAAAUUCACGUAGAUAAUUAUGGUUCGAACUUUUGGAAUAUUUAAACAUUAAUUUCUAUUUUUGAUUGAAUAUGGUUUGUAACCUUGUUUAAUUUUAGACACAUAGACUGAAAAAUUCAAACAUUUUUUUAAAUACAAAACCAUAGCAAACUUUUAUUGUCCUUAUAUCAAAAGUCAUAUCAUAUUGUAGUUUAAUUUAACUUAAUUUUCGAAAAUAUUCGUUAUUUUCUUCAUACUACAAAUCAUUUUCCAUCUCGCGUAUCAAAGAACUGAAGCUGUGUGAUAGAAGAUUGUUGAUUCAUUGUAUUGUUUUGGGAAUAUUAACAUUUAGUACAUCGCUGGUUUAGUGUGGACUUGGGUUAGACUUUGCAGAUCGAAAGACACGAUGUAUACAGUACACUUAGUACGAGUUUGCUUUACGUUGAACGAAAACGAAACGAGCGCGCGUUCGAUAUUAUUCGACGCUCUGUUUGGUUGGUACAAUCGCACUGGCCAAUCAGAGCGUCGAACGCGCUUUCGUUUCGUUUUCGUUUAAUGUAAAGCAAAUUCGUGCUAAGGUUACUGAUAUGUUAUGGAUGCCUGAUUUCACUGUUACAGAUAUUUGAUAUACAACACAGAUUAUGUAGACUUUUGUUAGUAAUAAUUGGAUAGUUUCCUCAGUCAAAAAUUAAUUUUUUCGACUUUUCAAUACAAUAAAAUAUUCAAGAAUAGUCAAGUCCGUGUUGAUUAUAAAACAUAGCUUUGAUAAACCAAAUUGUCAGUGAAAUCAGGGCAUGCUACUGUGGGCAUAGACAAGUGAACAACGUUGUAUUUUUAUAUUAAAUCUAGACAUAAGUAUUAACUAUGAUUUUGUGUAGAAUGGUAGUUCCUGUCACUAGUAGAGAAGCUCUAUUUAUUAAUAUUUGGAAUUCCAUGCCUCAAGAGAAAAAUAAUUGAGACAAGGAGUAAAAUUCUUGUAUUUAUUUUCUAUUAUUGUAUCUUAUCCAUCCUAUAAUAUUUUUGCUGUAACCAACCACAGUAAACAUUUUAGUUUCCUAUUGACUUGAAAAGGUAAAUUACCAUGAAUAUAGGGUGAAAUAAUUGACUUCAACUGUUGUUCAUCCAUUUACUACUUCAUCUGUAUUUUUUAUUGUGUGACUCAUUCUGAUUGGUUGUUUGAUAUAAAUGGUGGUUCUGAUUGGCUGCCUGAUACCUGGUGUUGCCAUUUGUAUUAAUUUUCUGAAUUCUUUUGUUAUCGAUGAUAAAAUUGUCCAUAGAGUGACAGGACGUUUUGUGAUUUUUUUAAUUAUCUUUUUGAUAGAGGUGACAGUUGUAUUUAUAGUACCUAAUAAUUAUAUUAUUAUAAAGGUAUGUCUUGUAUAGUUUCCGAUAUGUUGGUACACUGUUUUUCUUUUUAAUAGUUGUUAAGUUUCUCUUACUGGACAGUGUAACGGUGUAGAUCAGAUACAGAAUUAACGAUACUAUUUUUUGUGUAUAUUUGGUCAUCUUUGAAGAAAAUUUCCUUUAAAUUUAUUGUCUGACAACAUUUUUUUCCAGAAUCUUCUCAUUUUUCAGUCUCGAAGGUGAUCAAAUAUGGCUUCAUAUAAGAUAAUUAAUAGAUAGAAUAUAUCUAUAGAUAGUAGACUGAUAAAUUACAAAGUAAAUGUAACCUUAUUUAGAUGGGCAUAAAUGCUAUUUUGGUCUUACAAAACACUUGUUACCAAUGCAAUGAAUUUCUAUAGAGCUUUUAUAUAUACGGAACAUAGUAGCUUGACUAAAAACACGUUAUUAUAUUGUAUAAUAUACCUAUACUAAUAUCAUAAUAAUAAUAAUAGCGACCAAUUUAAAAUAACUUGGGGAAUGCUGGAACUAGAAAUUGUAUUAUUCCUAGAAAUAUCUAAAUGUUGGCUUAAAAGCCUAGAUAUCAAUCCUAUUACUUACAUUGAACAAUCUGACUGACACAUAGUCUAUCUGCCGUACUCUAAUACAUUUAAUGAUUAAUUAAACGAUUCCUUAGUAAAGAUUUUGUAUGGAAAACAAUUGCUAAGGACUGGUUUAAGUAAUCAUUAAAUUACUUAGUACGGUGGUAUGUUUCUAUGUAUAUCCUAACAAUAAGCACUUUAAGGAUGUGUUGUAAAUACAUGUCUGCCUACCCUUCUGGGGAAAGACAGGCGUUAUGUUUAUGGUUUAUGUAACAAGCCCCAUUGGAUAAAUAGCAUUUAAAUGCUAGUCGAAAGAAUGAAUAUUGUAUAGAAAGGUUGAUAUGGGAUUGACAUGAAUUUUGACAUAUUUUGUCGAAUGUCAGUGUCAAUUCCAUAUGUUAAGUUUUGGAGAGCCAUGCUUCGGUACGAAAGGAUCGGCUCGACCACAGUUAUACCAUGGCCUCAUAGAUAACCGACGUGUGUGUUUUGUGGUGUGAGUGAGGUUACCCCUCCCCAAUCUGCCAAAUUCUCUAUCUUCAAACCAGCCGGCAAUGCACUUGUAACGUGUUUCGUGUUUGGGGUGUCUAUAGACGGCAGCAAUUUCUUACCAUCUGGUGAUCCGUCUGCACGUUUACCGGCUUACACAAUUCAUAAAUUUCGUCAGCAGUAACAAGUAGAGAGAAGGAUACGCACGUGAUUGUUGUCAAAUUUAUUGAUCUUUUCCAUUGUGACCUAAGUUGAAAUCUUUUACGUUUUGUGUUGUUUAAUUAUGUGCGUAAGUUUUUAAUAAGUUACUAUAAACUACCACAAUGUUAAAGUUCUGGCAGUAUAGUCGACAACAUUGUGUUGGAACUGGCAAUCCUGUCUGGAUUGCCAGUUUCAAAAAAUAUUUGCUUUUUGUCUUUCGACUAGAAUUUAAAUGCUAUCUAGGGAUCAAGAAAUAAUUAUGUAUCUUUCAUUUUAGGUUAGUUGAUCGAGUUCAAUGCAUUUUGGUAUAGAUUCAACUAAUUUCAUAGAAUUUACUGAUUACAUUUCAUAAUACAAUUAUUGUUGUGAUUGUAGAAAUUCAUAAAUAAUUAUCUGUUUGUUAAGUAAAUCUGGUGGAAUUUUGUGUAAUAUCAGCGAAAAUAUGCUACACAGUGCAACUACUUUUUAUUAUAUUUUGACAACUAUUAUAAAAUGCCAUUAGUUUCAUUUCAAAAGUAGGAUACUUGAUUGAACGGUAGUUCAGUAUCUAAUUAUUAUAUAGGCAUAAUUUUUUUCAUCAUCACUUGAUCAUUCACAAGAAUUCGGGUUAUAUACUGAUGUAGCGUCGAAGCACAUCUAAGUUACUAUCUAUAAUGAUAUAGCAAAUUCAACCGUAUGUCCAAUUGUCCACAGUAAUGCACACAUUUCUUCUCAAAUGAUAAUAUGACGCUCGGAUUCGCACGUUCCAUAGAAUACGUGCGUCUAAAGCUGAUUUUAAAUUGUAAAAGAAAAUGUGCAUUAUUUAGCGGAGAUAAGGUUGAUAUUACUAUCUUGAUUGACAUUUCGAUGUUGCCCUAUCAAGAAUUGACUCUUUAAAAAAGUAUUUGCCUAGUUUAUGAUCUCUUUCCUCGAACCGAAUAUUUUGUUACUUCAGUGUUGCCAGUAAAUCCACAUAAAGCCGACUGUAAGUUUUUGUAAAGAUGUAUCGUUGAUUUUGAAUGUAUGUGUAAUGUAACUAGCAUUAAUUAGUAAUUAUGAAUAACGCCACAAAAUAAAUAUAAAUUAAGUGAUUUAAAA